GAACUACAAGAAGAAGUUGGCUCGUUGCUGCAGUUCCGUGAUGCUGUGGCUGCAGCACUACCCUUAGUGCAGCAUCCCUCAUCAUAUCCAUCUUCGCACCACCACCCUCAUCACCAUCCUAUGAUGGUCUCAAGUUCUGCAUCGUCACCUUAUCUGUUCCAACACCAUCACCCUAUGUCGUCUCCUCACCACAUUUACCACCACCAUCAGUGUCAGGAUAUUGGUGAUGCCGUUCUCCACCACCCGAGUCACCACUAUUCUUAUCCACCCACCACUUCAACCGAGGUUGUGUCAUCCCCCACCACCAAAAGCUACGUUGCAAUUCAUAAUUCUAAAAAUGAUGGGACUGUUCCACCUGCUCAAGUAUCCGCUACCACUGCCCCUAAUGUCGGUGAUGUGGUAAGUGGUGGUGGUGGAAGUGGUGGCGGUGCUACUAGUGGUGGAGGUGGUGUCAGUGAUUCAGGAUUCACCGACAAGAAUUGGUGGUCUGGAAGUAUGAGUGCGAAAACCUCGUCUAACGCCUCCUCUGGGACCGAAGAGGAUAACUUACACAUGGGUGGCAACAUAGGACAUUUAGGCAUGGGUUCUGGGUCGAACCGUUUCCCAGGAGUACCUCCUGUAGGUGGUUACACCACAACAAUGGGCAUGGGCAGACAAGCACCUGUUGGCAGUUACCAGGCUCCGAAUUUUUACUCCGAGACCGUACCUCAUGUGGCUCAGAUGUCGACGAUGUUAGCUGGCAUGACUGGCACCACGGAUACCAUAGCAACCACUGCUGCUCUAGGUACCGCUGGUACUACAGCUGCUGCUUCCUCUCCAAGUGGUAACAUAUCUGUUCUUGAAGAUGAACUCUGGCAGUUACUGGAUGUUAUCCAACUUCAAGGAAGCAAAUUACGGCUUGAACUGACCGAAGCGCAGAAACAGGCCAGAGUUCCAGAAGGGGAGUUCGACCCCGGAGGAUUCUACCCACGCAGGAUGGGAGGAAAUAUCCUGCCGUGUCGGUUAUCUGAUGGAGUCCAGUCUGACCCUAGUCAUGUAUGCGACCUUAAUGUCCUCCAGCCUUUACCUGAAGAUAGAGUUUGUGGAGAUUCUGAUCCUUUGUGGCCUUUAUCCCUUCCGCCAUACCACAAUAUUUCUAAGCCAAGCCAAGGAAGUAGACAUCGGUACAGCCAUCUUAGUGAUUCUAGGUUCCCUUUCACAGCGGCAGAUUUGGCCCAGUCUGGGACAGGAGUUCGCCAUUCAAGUCCCGAUUCUUCCCCCAGGCAUCCAAACCACUCCUGGAAUCACCACAGGAGUUACGUAAAUCAAGCCACUAAUCACCAAUUAGUAUCCAGCCUCGUUUCCCGAGCAUCAUUGGCUGAAAAAGAAGCCAACGAGUCUCAACAGCGACUGUCCGAUCUGCAUGCUUGUCUGAAUCUCCUUUUAACCGAAAAACGUAAGCUAGAGAGAGAACUUUCCAGACGAACUGCCAAUGAAAAGUGGUUUCUGGAAACUCACGGACAUCCUCCAGAAGUGGCAUCGGCAGCCGACCCGUUUUCAUUUUAUCGACACCACGAGUCAUAUCCUCCCAUGCAGUAUAUUCCUUACAGACACUCACCAUACGGUGUAAUGCCUCCAAGAAGAUUGCCAUCUCAAGGUUUACCUUAUCCACAAGUUCCUAACUCCAGUUAUCAUGUAGAUCAGAAUCCAUUUAACUUACAGUCUCUUCCCCAGUCUCAGAUGCAACAAAAUCCACCAGUGAACACUCCCCUGUCAUCCCCUCUGCGUGUACCAUCUCAGACGCUACAGUUUGCUUUACCCAGGGUACGUAAGAUACCCAUACGCGAUUCAAACAAGGUUCCGGGUGAGGAGUACCGAAAACAAAGCCGCAGUGCUAGUGCCGGCGAUCGAAAACAAACAAAGAAUUCUCGAUCUAUUGCCACUGAUUCACCGAAAAUUGAUCCCAGUGGGUAUACCGGGAGGAAUGGUAAUCCUGCUGAUAUUGAAAACGAGGAACGAAAUUUCGAUCCCAGCGACAUGAACCAACCUGUCCUACCGAUUUCGCGGCCACGGUCAAAGUCCAUGUCGAAUAUGCGUUCUCCGAAAAAUCACAAAAAUUUCUCCGGCGUUCCAGAAUUCAAAUCUACAUCUAAAGGAGCCUUUCCCAAGUACCACCUCGCACCAAGCGGCAUGUUGUCAUCGAAACCAACCAAGCCUGGGACUUUCAACCGAAAUUCGGUUCCUGACGCUGCACAACUUGGCGCUUCUCCUCGAACCGCAGACCCCACUGCGGCCACUACCGCUCCGCGGUCAUCUUCCCCGAUCCCGGGAAAUUCGGGUGCGAUUCCUCGCACAUACCCUGGGGGAACGUAUCCCGGGUCCUCUGGUGAAGGUGUCCGGGGAAUACAAAGUUUGCCGGCAGCUGUACGGGUCUCCCCGCAGGGGCGUGUGAGCGUCACCCCCAACCGAGGUCGCAUCGCUGCCAUUCUGCGCGAGCGCAACGUCCUGGAACUGCAGCGCCAGCUUCUGCACACCGUCAUGGAAGCGGAGGUUCUUCGUUGUCAAGUGAAAGUAAUACAACAACAGCAACAGGAGGGGCAGAAGACACUCACCACCACCAUCAGUGGUUCCUCAUCCACAACCAGUUUCUCAUCCACCACUACCACCACCAUUACUACCGUUUCCUCAUCCCCCACUUCUACCACCACCACCGUCGCAGCCUCCGUUUCUUCAUCCACCUCUACCACCUGUCCUGUUUCUGUUACUACCACUAACACUAGUUCUUCCUCUACCACCACUCCGGUCAUCCCCGGCACUAGUGGUCCUAUGGUCAGCACCAAUGAAAGUAGUAACAUUACCCGCAAUAUCCCCGCAGAGGAUGUUGUAGUUACCCAGAGUAACGCGACCUGUGAUCCAUUUAUUAGUACUGAAAAUGAACAAUACUUUGAUUCUAGCUAUGGAAAGGCAGUUGUAACUGUAGAUGGUACAGAAGAUUCUUCAGUUUCAGAUAGCAAAACAAGAACCUCGGGACUGAGAGGAGGUUCUUCAGUGGUUGAAGGUGUAAAUAAUGUAAAUACAACUCAUACCACCAACCCUCUCUAUGACGGUUGUCACCAUGUAGGUACUACCGCUAGUUCCAGUAGCAGUUGUAGUACCAAUAAAGCCACAGAUGAAGUCACUAGCCCAGAUAUAGUAACCAAAGAAAGCAAGAACUUUUGUACAGUUGACGUUGUCUACGAAAGUUGUGAUUCCAAAACGGCUGUAUCCAAAGUAGUAGAAAAGGUAGACGCUAUUGAAAAGUUACGUCGUAGAUUGUCCCGGGCGACAGACGUUGAUACGUUCCUGAGUAGCACCUCUACAACAGAGGUAGGUUCAACGGGUUCAACACCAUUAACAACUGGUUGUGAUAGAUUGUUAGGGAAGUGUACCGCUGUAGGUAAACAAAAAGACGGUUCUUUAGAAGACAAUGCCGGUACCGAUAGACCUGAUGAUAGAGAUGAAGUACCAACUUUCAAGGUACACAAGGGCCCGAAUGUCAAGUACCACGUUAUGGUUCAUAAAGACAGUGAUGACAGUCUCAGUAUCAGUAAAAAUGGCACUCCUCGUAGUGGUUCUUUCAACGCCAGACCAAAAUCAGGAGUCUCCAGAAACCGUGGCAUUACGAGCUCUGCAACUAGUAGAGAACGAAAAACUAGUGACGGUAGCAAUGGUAGUGGCAGUUACGGCAGCAGUGGUGGUAGCGGGAGCAUUUGCGGUGUAGGUACUAAGGUUCUUGGUAAUGACACUGUGAUGGGUAGAUCUGUGAAAUCUGAAGUACUAUCUGUAAGAGAACGACUUGAUUCUAACUAUAACUAUGCUGCGAAUGGCAGUGAUGCUCUAUGUCAAAGUGACAAUCUUCGAGACUUAAGUAAUGAUAAAGCAGUAGAUAAAAGUAUUAAUGAGGGUAAAACUUCCAGAAGUAGUACGAUUAGAGCCAUACUCAACCGACAAAGUUACACGAGACCUGACGAUGGUGGUUCCAAUCCAGAAAACGACUCCAAAGCUGGUCGGGUGGUCGCGUCUUCUUCCUUUAGAUCCAAACCCUACCGAAGUACAUUGGGAAACACUAAUAGGUCAUCUAGUUCCCCAAUCUCGCGGGCGUCGGAGAAAAGUGGUAGUGAUUGCCAAUCUGCCAAUCCCAUCUGUCCAUCGUCAUCUCUAGUAGCAAAGAUCAUGAACUCCAGAAUAUCGUCAAUGAAGCAGUCUAAUUCUGACGGCCUUGACAACGCCAAGCUGCAGUCUUCAAGUACUGAAACUCCAAAACUAGAUAAUCCAAAUUGCAUAUUAGAAAAUUCACUAAUUAGUGAAGGAUCAAAAUCUGAAACUUCAGUCAAGGCUGAGAACAAAUUCAGUUCCUCGCACCACGUCACCAACUACCGUAAAAUGAGCGUGGCUAUUGAAAAACCACCUCGAAAGAGCAGGACAUUAGCUGGAGUCACCUCUUCGUCCAACGUAAAGGGCUCUUCCCUCAGCAGCAAGUACUUUAUGACGUCCCCAGCGGGUUCUGUGAGCGGACCAUCAGAGAACGGCCUGCCACCUGCACCAGAAGCUCUUGCAGUAGAUGGCCGCCAAAACUUUGAUGUAAGUCCCCUUCCUAACUGUCUGAUCUCUUCUUCUUGCCUAACCAAACCCUCUGAUGGCCGAACCAGGUGGUACCGUGGCUCAACCUCUUCUUCAGUCCAGGACUCUGCCACUGCCUAUUCUGGCGAUGUUGAUGUAACCAAUAAGUAUUCAAGAUAUAACUCGUCUGUGUUGCGUGUGUGUUCGGACAACGUUAAUGUCAUUAACACUUCUGUGUUCAACUCUCAAAGUGCUAACGCCGCUGCAAAGGACGAAAAAACCUCUAACCUUCAGGUGAAACCUGACACUUCCGCAGCUAACCUUGACACACUUAACCGUCCCAACAACUGUACCAUUUCUAUUUCUAGUAAUACGAAUGUGUUUUUGGAUUCUGUUUGCAAUAACAUUGGUACCAUAGUAGGUUCAACUAACCUCAACACUAACAGUGAUGUCGGUCCAGGUCCUAAUUCUAGUUCGAGUAACGGCCUUGAACAGCCUAAUCUUACCUCGGGUUCUAUCACUAACCCCAUAACUUGUGGAUCUUCAGUAAACAGCAUCAGUAAUGUAGCUUUAACCUCUGCUUUAACAUCUUCACAAUCAGGUGGCAACCCCCAAACCUCAAUGAUAUCAUCAUCAUCUUUUAAAUCCUUGAGUAGUUCAAGCGCUGACACCAAAAACUCUGUUACAAAACCAUUCACAACCUCGAAAAAUACAAACGAUGAGAUGAGUAAAGAAAAUAUUAAAACCACGCGUCGUGUUGGAGGACAUUUUAGUAAACCUAGCAAAGAUUCCCCUAAUUCCAUAGGUAACAACAGCCGCGAAUCAAGUCUGUCUAAAUCUUCAUGGGGGGAACGCAAAAGUUUGAAUUCCCGCACCAGAUCCCCGGUUAAUGCUAGGAACAAGUCACCUAACCACCCACUGACUAAGAAACCUGUCACUAGUGACAAGUCAGGCACUAGUGCCUCUAAGUAUCAGGUCACUGGACGAACUGGUGGUGUUUCUGUCACUAACCAGACUAAGAUACUAGCCACUAGUAACGUGUCACUGACCUCACCUGGGCUAGUUAGCUCGACCACUGACAGCACUAGGACUGCUAUUGCUGCCGCUAGUGCAACUAGCGGUAAAACUAGGAUCAGUGCCUUACUUAGGUGGUUCAACUAGUUCUCGCUUAUCUUGAUAGACGCAUUUUAAUGCAAAUGAAUAUACAGAUUGAUAUGAAUUAUAAAAUAUAUUUCGGUAUCACGUUCAUCUAGUGGAAUAAAACUAUUAGACUAUGUUGAAUAGUUCAAUUACUAAGCUUUAUAGACGCAUUUUAUAGCAGAUGAGCUGAAUAAAUAGACAUAAUGAUCUGAAAUAUAGAAUAUGAUGUUUCAGUUCACGAUUUAUCUAUUUGGAAUAACACUAUUAGACUAUGUUACGGGGCUCUUUACCUAAUGCUUGAUUAUAUAUGACUGACUUGAAGUUAAAUAUUUAGCAUUUAUCUUUUAUGUAUACCCAACUUUAUAUAUAAAAUACUUAACCUUACAUGUUACG